AUGGAUAAAUCAGAUCAAGAGUAUGUUCAGGAAAAGAUUGAUAAAUUUUUGGAUGAUGAAUGUUUAAUUCACAAUAUUAAAAGAUAUCUGCGAGUUCAUAUUAUAAAAUCUUUAAAAAAAACAAAUAACCGAAAACUUAACCUACUGGAGAAUGAAAGGAUUGCGAUUAUAUUAAGAUUAAUACAUGAAUUUUUAAAUUAUUAUGAAAUAAAUAAUACUUGUGCAAUGCUAGAGGAAGAAUUUAAUGAGAUUUUUCAAAUGAAUAUAAAUGAAUCUUCUGGCGAAUCAAAUGAAUUAGGAAUUUUAAAUGAUUCUUUAGAAUGCAAUACGAAAAUUGAAAGUCUACUUAAAUAUAAAUUAUCCAGUGAAAAAUGUGAAAUUGAUGAAGUCACAAAUAUUGCACUGAUUGAGGCAAGUAAUUGUAUUGAGUCUUUACAAAAUGAGAUUAAAACACUACAUAAUAUUUAUUUCGAGCAGGUAAAUGCGGCCAGAGAAAUCAUGGAAAGGAAGGUAUCUGAUAUAGAGAAGUUGUAUUUAGAAUCCAUUUCAAAAAAAUGA